AUGACCCCUCGCAAGGGACGAGGUGGCCGAGCACAUAACCACAAUCACAACCACAACCACAAUAACAACCACCACCUUACGAAUCUCCUAAGCUACAACCACAACAGUCAAUACCUCGCACAAUUCCCGGCAGUCUUGCCUCAACAAAUAAACAUGUCUGACUACGAAUCCACCGAUAAUACAUAUUGCUACUCCGAUACUCCACAACCGCCACCAGCAGUAGCGUCAUCAACACAACAACAAUCCGAACCACCACGCACAAAUGAAGAACUCAACAUCUCCGUUCUACGUCGCCACAACCCAAACAUCACAUCCAUAUUAUCCCUUGCACCUUCAACGACACAACUGUGGGAGAAGAACGGCAUAGAAGGGACCAUGUUCAUCUGUCAAUUAACGCAGGGAUCUCUAGGCGAAGAACGAUAUAGUGUCUUUGUAUUGAAUCGGCGAGGACUAAACAAUUUCGAUAUACUCCUAAUGGACGGUGAGAAUGUGCAGAUUACGGAUGAGUUUGUUAUUCUGAAAUCCGAGAAGAACCUGGAUGAUGGUCGUGAUGCGACAGAUGAGAUUAUCGGGUUAUGGAUCUUUUCUGAACCGCCGCCUAAUUCGACUGCGGAGACGCGCAAGAUAAAUGCGGAGGUUAUCAAGGAGUGUGCGACGCAUGCAGGGAGAAGUAUGGCGUUGGCUAAGGAGAGUGUGGCUGCUGCACAACAAAGUGUACAAAUGGGUCGACAGAUAUCGUUACAAGAGCUGUUCAGUCAACAGCGUGCUCAAGAUGAUGGACUCAAUCGUCCGCAUAUAACAAGUAGUGCUGAGGCUGGUAUGAUGAAUGGUGCUGGAGGGAUGAACUGGAGUCAUAAUCCGGCGGUCCAGCCACCUAUAGUACCAUCUCCUGGACAGUUACCAUCUGCAGUGGCACAGGCUAUGAAUAGACAGUCCAGUGGGGAUGUCUUGACGAAUUUGUUCCGGAGAGCGGGAUUGGUGAAUCAAAACUGA